GACCAAGGCGAAGGUCGUUUGAUAUGCUGGAAUCAGCUCUGUCAGAUUUAUGUGGCUGUGGAUUGAUGCAGAAAUAUGACGGAACAUUACAAACAUGACAAUCAGGCAGCAGGAGUGUUCACAACAAACAUGUCUGACAUUCCCACAGAUCUUGUGUCCGAGAGUAAUAUACCUCUGUGUGCCCAGUCAGAAAACAACCACAGGAGGCUUUACCUUCACACAUCCGCUGGAUGCCAACCUCACACGACCCCUGGGCACCAGCGUCACACGACCUCUGGGCACAAACCUCACACGACCUCUGGACGUCAAUACCACACGACCUCUGGGCACCAACAUCAUACGACCUCUGGACGUCAACACCACACGACCUCUGGGCAUCAAUCUCAUAGGACCUCUGGACGUCAACACCACACGACCUCCGGUGAGAACAGACCAUUCAGGGACAACCCGUCUGAUGCUGGAGGUUUGGUGAUGGCCAGCUCAGGAAUGAACCAGGUCAUGAAUGCAGCUGGCGACAACCAAAGAGGAAUCCUACAAAUAGAGGACCUAUUUCAUUCCAAAGAUGAGUCAGCAUCCCAUUUGAUUUCUUCCUCAAAUCCUGUGGGACAUCCUCAUACAGCAAUGCUCUCUCGGACAUAUUCUCCCGAGACUGGGACGUCCCACAGCCCCAGGAAGCCCCAUACCUCAAGCAGUAUCAGCGUGCCUAUGUACCCACGUCCUCAAGGUCCUCAACGUAAGUCCUUCCCUGCAGAAAGGGACUCUGCAUGCACUCCAUCCAUUUUGCCUGUUCGACAAGUGCCUGGUGAUGCCACUAUGACCAAAUCCUUUGACCAAUUUACUUGUCAGCUGCCUUUUGAAAACAAACAACGAUCAGACAUAGAUACAAUACACCAAGCACCAGCUGGCUCUGGUGACGCCACUAUGGUCCCGCAGAGCCAGUUGGGACAGAGGUAUAGCCAUGUGAUGCCAUCCUAUUCUCGAUCUCAACCUCAGGGACCCAGGCCACAGCAAGGAGCAUCUGCAAAACCCUCUCCCUCUCGGCAGCUCUUUGGAGAACCCAGUGAGGUCAAUCCCAGCAGAAGCAAUGAUGGUGGUUCUAGGCCACGUGUCCAAUCCCCCGGUGAUUCUUUGGGAUCUGUAGGACCCAGUGGUUUGACAGACGACGGUAAACCCAUGAAUUUUGAGUUAAUAGACUUACGGAAUCUGCAAGAUGGUGAUUUGAAGACAGUGAUGGGGAGCAUGGUAGACUGGGAGAACAGUACCGUGACAGGGAGUUGUGGUUCAUCACCGGCGUCUUCGUCCACCCCCUCACCGUCAUCACAAACACAUAAUAUGGACACUGACGUGGACACCCGGAACACAGAGGGGGAAAUAAACCAGAAGAUCAGAAAACAGUCCAGCAUCUUCAGGACUAAGUACUUCCCUGUUGGAAGUACGUUAUCACAAACUAAGAAAAGUUUACAAAGAGCUUUACCGAAAUUAAAACCUAGGGUGCCAAGUUCCACAGUGUCUUCUUCAGAUGAUGGUGUACCAUGUGUCAGCCCUGGUCCUGAUGGGGAACAGGGAAAUUGUGUUGAGGGUACAGACCAAGUAGCUUGCAUGAAAAAGGAGCUGUUCUGCCAGGUGUGUGGAGACGUAGCGGCCGGCUUCUACUGUGGAGCCUACAUCUGUGAGGCCUGUAAGAAAUUCUUUGUGCGAGCAUCACGCCAGGAGAAGGUCAAGUUUGUGUGUCAUAAGUCAGAAGAUUGUGUCAUCACAAAGGAGACACGUGUUCGUUGCCAGCAUUGCCGAUACCAAAAGUGUCUUACCCUCCACAUGUACAGCCCAGGUGACAGCCAUGGGAAGGAUGCUGUCGCAGGCAUAUCUAACAUUCCUUGCCGCGUCUGUGGUGGAGCCUCGUCGGGCUUUCACUUCGGAGCCCUCACUUGUGAGGGUUGUAAGGGCUUCUUUCGGCGAAUGGCGAAGGAGCGUGAAUGGCACUCGUACAAGUGUUCCAAGGAGGACAGGUGUGAGAUCAGCAUGCUGACUCGCAAUGUAUGCAAGGCUUGUCGCUACAGAAAGUGCCUGGACGCCGGCAUGUCAGUCGAAGCAAGUCGAAUUGGUCGGCAACCCAAUGCAAUUAAACAUGCGAUCUCGAUAGAGGCCCGGAAGCAAGGGAAGCGAACCAGUGAUGCAGAUCCAGUGGCCAAAGACCCCUCACCACCACCCAUCCCUCUAGAUAUCGCUGCCUUCACCAGGGUGCACCGCAAGACCACCCUGCCACUGGUUAAGAAGAAACUUGACAUGGAAGUCAUUGACAACACCAUCAAACUGGUCAAGGAGGCAUGGAAUGAACUUAGUUCACUCAACAUGCCCAACAAAAUCUGCUUCAACAACUACGAGUUGAACUGCAACGACCUGCAGAACACAUGGAAGACGAUUAUGGUCCAUUUUGAGUUCAAUGCCAAGUGUGUCAUCAAAUUCUCCAAGAAACUACCCAACUUCCAAUCACUGAGUCUCCAGGAUCAGGUGUCACUCAUCCAGAUGGCGACAUAUUCUCUGUGUAUCCUCAACCAUUGUCAGUUCUACAACCUCGAAAAAAAAGAGUACCGCUUCUUUGAUUUCACGCCAGAGGAGGAAGAAGCCAUUCUGAGAUACUUCCCUCAGUUUAAGAUCAUCCCAAAACACUUCCACCACUUUGGCAUGAUGGUGAAAUCAAAGAAUUUUGACGACACGGAGCUGGCGUUCCUCUCAAGUCUUGUGUUGCUGAACAGUGAGAAUCUGACCAUGACAGAAAGAGACCGAGUGGACGCAAUGAGUUCGGAUCUGCUCGAUUCUCUACAGGUGUACAUAAAGAGACACCACACAAACUAUGAAGGGAGGAUGGGCUACCUUCUCCUGCGUAUCAGCGAGCUGGCGAUGGCCACACUGCAGCACAAUCAGUGUGUCGGGGUGAUCGCACAGGCACACCCUGAGUUGCAGAACCAACUGUGGGAUGAGAUGUACCUCAAGUAGGGUGGCUGUGUGUGGGGUGGACAGUGUGUGAGG